AAUGGCAUCUCUAGGGAUGCUACUCUUGCUCCUUUGGUCGGUGGGUGUAUCGGUGGCUUUUCCUUCUUUUCCCGCGGAUUCGGAGAAAGUAAUCUUAGUGCUCGUGGAUGGUGUUCGAUGGGAUUAUUUGAAUGACAGUUCUUAUACUGGAUUUCAAAGAAUAGCCAACAAUGGUGUGAAAGCGGAAUAUGUUACGCCGGUUUUUCCAUCGAAUUCUUACCCAAAUUGGUAUACCAUAGUCACAGGUUUAUAUCCCGAGAGCCAUGGCAUUGUCCAAAAUUACAUGUAUGAUGCUCAAAUAGACGAUUUGUUUCUUAUGGCCCUACAUUCCAAUGCUUCGCAUUCUCAUUGGUGGAAUGAUGCCGAACCAGUGUGGGUGACGGCGGAAAAAAGGGAUUUGAAAUCUGCCGUCUACUGGUGGGACGGUUGUCAGGUUAUGAUUCAGGGAAAGAAACCUACCAAAUGUGAAGAAUAUGCGAACUAUUGGGUGUGGGGGAAGGUCAAUAAAGACACUCUUAACGCCAUGUCGGAGAUCUUAGAUAAAUUCCAGAGGGAUAACUUUCGAUUGGGACUCGUCUACUAUGAAGCUGUUGAUGCAAAUGGACAUUUUCGAGGCCCAGAUUCUGCCGAUCGAGUUCAAUCUUUAAAGGACAUAGAUUCAAUCCUGGACAGUGUGCAGAAUGAAAUAUCAAGAAGAGGAAUGGAUAAUCAAGUGAAUCUAAUUGUUGUUUCUGAUCAUGGUAUGUCGGCUGUUGAUCCAGAGGGACCAAAAAUUAUUGACAUCGAGAAAGCAAUCAACUUAAAAGAUGUGAAAUUAAUGCUCGAUCGAGGAGCCGUUUCGAUGAUUUUGCCCGAGCAUGGGAAAGAAGAAAAGCUCUAUGAAGACCUGAAAAAGGCGUCCAUUCAAGGCUUAACCAUUUACAGAAAGAGAGAUAUUCCAGAGCAUUAUCAUUUGAAAAAGCAUAAAUUAGUGCAGCCAAUACUUCUAAUAGCGGAUGAAGGAUACGUCAUCAAAGCUAUUUCGGAUCCAAAAAGAAUGAAACCAUUUGCUGAAAGGAUUUUUAAAGGCUAUCAUGGCUACGAUCCAUAUCAAGUGAAAGAUAUGAGAACCAUCUUCUAUGCACGAGGACCAUCAUUUAAAAAGGGUCUGGUAGCACCUCCUAUGGAAAUGGUUGAUCAUUAUAAUGCAAUAUGCAAAGCUAUGGGAAUGGAACCAAUGCCAAACAAUGGCUCGUGGCCAAGAGUUCGUGAAAUGCUGACAGGAAAUGCGUUGAGGUCUGAACUGCACAUCGGUCCUGACAAGAAACCUAAAGUAGUGAAAUUUAGUAAAGCAAAAAAUUCUUUAGGAAGCAAAAAGAAAAGUGUUUUUAAAGGAAAAAGAAAAAAUUCAGCUGCUUUUCAAGCUGAUCUUCAAUUGCUAUACGUUAUCUUAUCUUCAAUCAUUGCCAUCUGUUUCAGUAAGAAAUUAGUCUGUAGGAACUCUUUUUUCACUUAGCAUGUAAUUAUUAAUCAUAAUAAAUUAUGAUAAAGGGAUUUCAUCGUUUUAAACAAAGGGCUUAGAAGAUGAAACGAUAUUAAAAAUGUGUUUCUGCAGAUUCUCGGAAAAGAGACAUAUUUGGUCAAUUGCAGAAGAUGAACUGAGCAAUUAUAAUGUAAGGAAAAGUGGGGUAUUUAUAAAUAACCAAAUUAAACCCUUUACAGGCUUUUAAAAAUAACAAAACACUAAUAGAAAUAUUCAAGUGCCUUUUUUACAAAAAAAAAUGUCUGCAAAAAAGAAUUGUCUUAAUAGCCUAGUUAUGUGUACUGUGACAAUCAAUUUUUUGUACUUCAAUCCAAACAUCGAAAGAAUCUAGAAGUAUUCCACGUACAGCAAAAAUUUAGGAACAAAUAAUCAUCAACGUCUCAGGCAUUUUGUUGAUUUUGGUGUUGAUCCAGAUUUUUUACACAGAAAACGUCAUUUUAUUAUGCAACUGAGAAAUUCAUUUUAUCUAGGAAUAAGGAUUAGAUCAACGCUGCAAUUAAAGUGUCAUAAAUUAAGGGAACAUUCAAGAAGCAGUAAUGCAUAUGGGUUCGUCUUUUCUUUAUGUAAAAAUUUAUGAAUGAACUGUGCUUCUGUGUUCCUCUCAUUCAUAAGGAAAAGUGCAUAAAAAUAACAGUAGGAUUAUUCAAAUCCGCCUCAGCCAAUUCAAAAAUUAAAUACGAAUGAAAUUAUGAUAUGACAGUGGAUAUUCUUGAACUACUAUAUUUGAUUUAAAAGAAACAGGCGUUAUAAUUUAUGAUCUAAAGAAAGAAUUCCUCACUUUUGAAAGUUUCUAAUUGAUUUCUAAUAAUCAUAAUUGUAAAGUAAAAUAUAGCUUUAAAUAUAAGUUGAAAAUUUAUUUUUCUGUUAUUAUGAAUUGAUUUCAAUAAUUUUUAAUUUAUAAAAGAUUACAAACAUUUAUUAACACAUUUAGAUGUUCCAUUAAAAUAUUUUUCCAUUUUUGAAAAAUGUUUGACAUAGUGAUUUCAAAUAUCCUAACACCAGUUAAUGAAAUUCGUAGCUUGCAAACAAGCGCUAGAAAUGAUUGCCCUGGUGUUAUUUAUCGUCAAAAAAUCGUAUUAAAUGUCAAUUGCUUUUAAAGUGAAUACUUUCCUAUGCUAAUAUUUAUAAAAAUUAAUAUUUAAUACAAGAAAUGUAGAAAACUUGAAUAAAACUUUUGUACAUCAGAACAACUUUCACUACAAUAUAUGCAAGUUGUCAUUUAUGUUUAUAUAUUCAUAUCAUAUAUUUCAUAUG